AUGUGGCUGUGGAAGCAGAUGCGUGUGAGCGGGGCCACCAGCUCAGGAGUACGGGCUGUGGGGGAGCAGCCUUUGAACGCUGGAGAAAACAAGGAGACAGAUUCUUCCCUGCAGCCUCCAUCUAGCCUUGCCAACACCUUUGCUUUAGACUCGAGACUUCAGUUUUGGUCUUUGACCUCUGGAAGUAUGAAAGCUCCUGUAAUUUCCCUGGGCCAGAUUCUGAGUCAAAAGAAAAAUACUAAAGUGCUGAGGCAACAGCUGUUCCCAUUCCUUCAGGGUGGUGAUUCUGAGCCCAGUGAUGUGCUCAUUCUCGCUGUUCACCUGGCCCAGGCAAGCUUCCAGAUUGAAGCCUUUGGUUCCAAAUUCAUUCUUGACCUCAUACUGAACAAUGGUUUGCUGUCUUCGGAUUAUGUGGAGAUUCACUAUGAAAAUGGGAAGCCACAGUACUCAAAGGGUGGAGAGCACUGUUACUACCACGGAAGCAUCAGAGGCGUCAAAGACUCAAAGGUGGCUCUGUCGACGUGCAAUGGACUUCAUGGUAUGUUUGAAGACAAUACCUUUGUGUAUAUGAUCGAGCCGUUGGAGCUGAUUCAUGACGAGAAAAGCACAGGUCGACCACAUAUAAUCCAGAAAACCUUGGUGGGACAAUAUUCUCAGCAAUUGAAGAAUCUAAGUAUGGACGGCAGUGACCUGCCUUUGGAAUCUGAAUUGCAGUGGCUGAAGAGAAGGAAGAGAGCAGUGAAUCCAUCUCGUGGUGUGUUUGAAGAAAUGAAAUAUUUGGAGCUUAUGAUUGUUAAUGAUCACAAAACGUAUAAGAAGCACCGCUCUUCUCCUGCACAUACCAACAACUUUGCAAAAUCUGUGGUCAACCUCGUGGAUUCUAUUUACAAGGAGCAGCUCAAUACCAGGGUUGUCCUGGUGGCUGUAGAGACCUGGACAGAGAGGGAUCAUAUUGAAAUUACAAACAGCCCUGUGCAGAUGCUCCAUGAGUUCUCCAAAUAUCGGCAGCGUAUCAAGCAGCAUGCAGAUGCCGUGCACCUCAUCUCGCGUGUGACAUUCCAUUAUAAGAGAAGCAGUCUGAGUUUCUUUGGAGGUGUUUGUUCUCGCACAAGAGGUGUUGGUGUGAAUGAGUAUGGUCUUCCAAUGGCAGUGGCACAAGUAUUAUCGCAGAGCCUGGCUCAAAACCUUGGAAUCCAAUGGGAACCUUCUAGCAGAAAGCUAAAAUGUGACUGCACAGAAUCCUGGGGUGGCUGCAUCAUGGAAGAAACGGGGGUAUCCCAUUCCCGAAAGUUCUCAAAGUGCAGCAUUUUGGAAUACAGAGACUUUUUACAGAGAGGGGGUGGAGCCUGUCUUUUCAACAGGCCAACAAAGUUGUUCGAACCCACAGAAUGUGGAAAUGGAUUUGUGGAAGCUGGGGAGGAGUGUGAUUGUGGUUUCCAUGUGGAAUGCUACGGAUUGUGCUGCAAGAAGUGCUCACUCUCCAAUGGAGCCCACUGUAGUGAUGGCCCCUGCUGUAAUAGUACCUCAUGCCUUUUUCAGCCACGAGGUUAUGAAUGUCGAGAUGCUGUGAAUGGGUGUGAUAUUACUGAAUAUUGUACUGGAGACUCUGGCCAGUGCCCACCAAAUCUUCACAAGCAAGAUGGAUAUUCCUGCAAUCAAAAUCAGGGUCGCUGCUAUAAUGGCGAGUGCAAGACUAGAGACAACCAGUGUCAGUACAUCUGGGGAACAAAGGCUGCAGGGUCUGACAAGUUCUGUUAUGAAAAGCUGAAUACAGAAGGCACAGAGAAGGGAAACUGCGGGAAAGAUGGAGACCGAUGGAUCCAGUGCAGCAAACAUGAUGUGUUCUGUGGAUUUUUGCUUUGUACCAAUCUUACUCGAGCUCCACGUAUUGGUCAACUUCAAGGAGAGAUCAUCCCAACUUCCUUCUAUCAUCAAGGCCGAGUGAUUGACUGCAGUGGUGCUCACGUAGUUUUAGAUGAUGAUACAGAUGUGGGCUAUGUAGAAGAUGGAACGCCCUGUGGCCCAUCCAUGAUGUGUUUAGAUCGGAAGUGCCUACAGAUUCAAGCCCUAAAUAUGAGCAGCUGCCCACUUGAUUCCAAGGGUAAAGUCUGUUCAGGCCAUGGGGUGUGUAGUAAUGAAGCCACCUGCAUCUGUGAUUUCACCUGGGCAGGGACAGACUGCAGUAUCCGGGAUCCAGUUAGGAAUCCUCCCCCUCCCAAGGAUGAAGGACCCAAGGGUCCUAGUGCCACCAAUCUCAUAAUAGGCUCCAUCGCUGGUGCCAUCCUGGUAGCAGCUAUUGUCCUUGGGGGCACAGGCUGGGGAUUUAAAAAUGUCAAGAAGAGGAGAUUCGACCCUACUCAGCAAGGCCCCAUCUGA